ACAAAACUCUCCUGGCGCGCAAAGGCCGGUCGGGCCGCCUGCACGAGUUCGUCGACGCCUCCGCCUCCGCCGCCGCACAAGGCGGGCAAGCGCUUCGAGGUGGACGACCUCGUCGAAGCGUACUACAAAGACGGCUGGUGGGAGGGCGUCGUCACCGCCUCGGUGGACGGCGGGGAGAGGCUCGUGGUGACGUUUGAGAACCCUCCCGACGAGCGCGAGUUUGCGCCGUCGAGGCUGCGGCCGCUCUGGGAUUGGGCCGAUGGGGUUUGGACCUUUCCUCAGAGAAAGGGGGAAAAUGUGAAUUCGGGCUUUAAUGUGGGAGAGAAGGUGGAGGUUUCGAUUGAGAGAGAUGGUGGGGAUUGUGAUUUUAGGGGCGCUUGGUUUCCGGCGGUGAUUGUGAGGGAUUUGGGGAUUGGGGUUUAUUCGGUGGAAUUGAAGGAUAAAAAUGGCGGGAGUGUUGAAGAAGAGGUUGAAUGUGGUCGAAUUAGGCCUUGCCCUCCGGUUCUAGGCGAUGGGAAAUUUGGGGUUUUUGAGAAAGUGGAUGCGUUCUUCGAUUAUGCGUGGUGGAGUGGAUUGAUUAUGAAGAAGGUUAAGAUGAAUGAGUACAUUGUGUAUUUUGAGCACAGGGAUUCUACUAAGAAGAUGGAUCGGCCGGAAUUGAGGCCGCAUUUGGAAUGGAAGGAUGGGAAAUGGGUAAUUGAAGGCGUCGCCGAGGCGGCGGCGUCAUCGACGCCAAAGUCGUCGAAAAGUAGAAGAAAAUCGACCUUUUCUGAUUCUAGGGUUUCUCUGAAAAGGCACAAGCCCCAAAUUGAACACGCAAAUGGAGAAACAGAGCAUGUUGAUGAAGUCGGAGAUGAUGUUGAGUAUGAUCGAGAGCGGCGCUCGAAACGGAUACAGGAUGUACACAUUCCAGCGAUGCUGCCAUUGAUUGAUGAUGAUGAUGAUGAUGAUUCUAGGGCACCAAAUUCUGCGCAGAAACUGCCGUUUGUGAAACGGAACGCUAUUUGGAAAUCGAUUGAGUCGAUGGAGGUGCUGCGGAGGAUGCCACAGAGGCCGCAUUUUGAGCUGCUGAGUGCCUUCAAGGAGAGCCAGCGGGAGGGGCUGGCAAUAGGGUGUAUGGUGACCUUCACGAACGCGGUGGAGGCGAGCCGCGUGCUGAAGUUCAGCGAUCCGAAGAGUGUGGCGGACGACCUUAAGGAGACGGUGUUGGACUUAGAGAGGUAUGGUUUCAAAUUUGGGGCGGUGAGGGAGCGGGUGAUGAAGUUGUUGUGGGUCGGGCUAAGGGGAUAAUGGAGCAGAUUGAGGUGCGGAGUGGGAGGAGGGGGGGAGAUUGAGAGGGAUAUACGGGUGAUAAGCGAGCAUUUGGGGAGGCUGGAGGAGCAGCUUAAGCUGGCGGAGGUGGAGGUGGAGAUGGAGAUCGGGCGUUUGCAGGGAGGAGAAUCGGCAGCAGGUGGAGAGUUUGAGGGGUGAGUGCCUGUGUGUAGUAGCAAUGGCGAUUGGAGAGGAGUGUGCAUGGUUUAGAAUAGUGGGGGGUUUAUUUUGUCCUUUUGAAGCUUUGGCAUUUUAGGUGUCUCUUUUGCCUUUGGUUUUUAGUUUAAGUUGAAUUAGAUGAGAGGAAGCCUUGUUGUAAUUAUAAAGUUAGUAUUUACUACACACUGCUCUCUACUCUUGAUUGAUA